AUGAAGGUACGCGUCAUUUACGACUUCGCAGCUCAAGGGAGUGGCGAACUAAGUGUCACUCAUGGUGAAGAACUGACAAUCACUAAUCAGAAUGUUGGAUCCGGUUGGUGGCAGGCUGUUAACGCAUUUGGAAAAGAAGGACUAGUACCACUAGAAUUCGUUGAGGUUAUUGAAGUGCCGGAACCAAUAGCUCCUCCUCCUCCACUUCCAAACAUAGAAUAUGGAAGAGAACCUGAUAAAUUUGAUGAAUGGGAUGACGAGUGGGAUAGUGAUGAAACUGAAUCAUCAUUUGCAAAUAGAAAAUUAAGCGAUCGACAGCAUCCACCAAUUGACUAUUCUGUUCCUCAAGUUGGCGGUAAACGUUUAGAUUCACCUGUGUCAGCUUAUAAUCAUGCUGAGUAUAUACGGAAUACACCUAUACGUAAAUUUUUCAACAGAUCAUUUAUUCGUACAGGUGGUGAAGAUUUUCUAUUGGAUCAUGAUCCACCGUCUUUCCCUCAAAUUGAAGCCAAUAUCGAUUAUGUAGAUGGAAUAUUUCAAUGGCGUUGUGCAUCCAAUGAGCUUACUAGUUAUAUUUCAUCAUUUCGAAAAGAUUCAAAAAUGAAAGGAAUUAAAAGUUUUAUUGCAUAUCAAAUUACUACUUCAGUUACAGCGACACAGGUUAGCAGAAGAUAUAAACACUUCGAUUGGCUUCAUUCCCGUUUAUUAUCCAAAUAUCCGUGUAUUUGUAUUCCACCUUUACCUGAAAAAGCUAUAACAGGUCGAUAUGAAGAUGAUUUUGUUGAUGAACGUCGUAAAUGGUUACAACAAUGGUUAACACGUAUGUGUAAACAUCCUGUUGUGUCGCAUAGUUCAGUAUUUCUACACUUUCUAACUUGUACUGAUUUCAAAAAAUGGAAAUCUGGGAAACGUGAAGCUGAAACUGAUCGAUUUCAAGGUGGACGUUUCUAUUUCGCUGUAGAAUCAAAAGACUCACAAACACCACAAGACUACAAUAUGGAAAAAGUCGAAGCAGCUGAACGAUUUUUAUCCAAUUUAGACAGGUCAACUAAAGCACUAAGUGAAUCAAUUAGUGAAUAUCAUCAAAAAUUAAGUAAUACUGUUCGUAAAGAAUUCUCAUCCCUUUCAACAGCAUUUCACAACAUGAGUAAAGCGGUUGACUCUGAUGUACAUACAAGACAUUUAAAUACGAAUUUGUCGCAUUCAUUGUCUGCAACCAGCGAUACUUUUAAAACAAUUUCAUCUAUACAUGCGUUACAGUCAGAAUCAAUAACUAGUCUACAAGAUUGCAUUAAAGAAUUUACUCGGAUAUUACCUAGUACAUCAAAUAUUAUUAGUUUAGCAAAAGCUGCAUGUUCUACAGUCGAUGAAUUACAUCGUUAUAGUGCUACAGAUGAACAAAAAAUGUCUCAAUCCGAUGUGAAUCGUAUUCACUCCGGUGCACUGAUCAUUACACGAUCUGUUCAAGCUGAAUGCAAUUUAAUCAUGAAACAAAUUCGUGAAGAAUGGAUAACAAAACUUAAAGAUUACCUAAAUGAUCAAGCACGUUUCUAUCAUCAAAUUGCUGAACAAAUAGAACGAGCUGCACAAUCUUUUCAAUACUCAGAUAGCAAUAGUAGUUUUAGUUAACUACGAUAUAUAUUGUAUCUUUAACCUGAUUCAUUAUAUACACACUUCCUUGAUGCAUAAUUUAAUUCAAUUUUGCUUUUGUUUUUGUACACCCCGUUAAUAUAACAGUGUACUUGUUGCUUAUCAUUCUUCUACCAAUGAAAAAUUUCAGUCUUUCUGUUCCCCUUUCCCCCCCACCCCCGUUUGUCUUCAUCAACAGUCAACUUGCAGGAGCUAACUCCUCAAAAUGGCUUCUCUUGCUCAUUUUUAUAUAUCAGCGCGUUUAGUGAUUUAUACUUUUUAUUUUUAUAUUCUCGUACUUUCUAAUGUUUUGGUGAUAUAUAUACAUACACAAUAUGCAUAAGUAUGCAAAUUGUUUUUACAUAAUUUCUUUAUUGUUGUCAAAACUUUGUGAUCAAAUCAUUGAUGUUCUUAUCUUUUAUUAAUUUCGAUUAGUCACCGUUGCUUGCAUUCUACGGAAUCUUAUCAUUACCAUUUUUUGUGAUUAAAAAUGUAAUUUUGUCUUUCUUUUCUACUCAAUCAUUAUACAUUCCCUUGAAAAUGAUUUCUGCCUCAUCCUUCUGUCGAUCUCAUUGUAUUAUUGUUUAGUGUAAUCAGAGUUUAAGUGAAUAUAAAAGUGAGAUAAGUUAAAUUAAGCCUGUGAAUUUCGAAUAUUUUUG